AUGCCAAUGAAUACCGACUGCCUUCAGCCUCCUCUUACCCCCGCUCAGCGAACCAUUGUGAAAUCUUACGGUGGUUGGUCCAUGUUCCUCCACAGCUAUGGGCUGAAGCCCUGGAAUGAAAACGAUGCGGAGGAGGGACUGCGCAUUCUCGAGGCUCUUGCCGAUAUGAGUGAAGAUGAUAAUUAG